AUGCGUCCAUGGACCGCGUACGCUCGAUGCACCGGAGUAUUCUGGAGAGUGUCGACCAAGUGCAAGACCGAACCAGCAAGAUAUUGCAAGGCACAGCAGGAAAAGGAUCUACUACGAGCAUUCCGAGCGCGGUUGUACAGCGUGCAGGAGGAGCUUGAGUCGGAGAAGAACAAGACUGACGAUGGAGCGUCUGCGUGGAUUGAGAAGAGCAAACAGCUCGAAACCGAGGUGGAGUGGACGAAAGAGCUGGCCGAUCGGCUCGAUCGACUCAACCAGAGCUUGACUCGAGAGAACCAGCGACUGAAGACGCAGUUCUCCACCCAAGAGAACGACCGCGAGUUCCUCGUCAAGCAGCUCGUGACGGUGAAGAAGGACAACGUCUCGCUGCGGACAGAGAUCGAUGCAUUGCGUCAGCAGCUGGAUCAGCUUAAGGAGGCGGCACAGCCGCAGCAGCAGCCACACCACCACCCGCAGUCUCAAACUUUGUUCGCCACGGCCUCGACCAGUUCUCUGCCGAAAGUCCACUACCGCGACUCCAUGACGAGUCUCGCGCUGGCCGGCCACCAGCAGCGGCCCAACACUGCCGGCGUCAACACUCUAGCACUAGCCUCCGACGGCGACAACCGGUACAAGGAGAUCAUCAAGCGUCUGAAGCGACUGCUGGAGGUGGAGCGGCGGAACCUGCAGCAGGUGCGCACGGCCUACAAGCUCGAGCUGCAGAACCACACGGAGCUCGAGAUGAUCCUCAAGGAGUGCGUCCAAGACGUCCGAGGCGAGAUCGCGCACGUCUCGCAGCUGCCGCUCGUCAUGCCGCACAGCAGCAGUAGCAGCAGCAGCUUGCUGGGCAGUCCGCAGCACCGACAUGCCGAGACUCGCCUCAACUCUGCGGAGCGACAGCGGCUGAUCGAGAGGCUGCUGGAGAAGGAGCAAUUGCUGAGUCUUCUCACGGCCAAGGCGUUCCCCGUGCGCAACGGCAAGCGCCGAGGAGACCCGCUGCUCACGGGCGAGGCCGUUUCGCCAGAAGAGGUGGCCAGGCUCCUGACGGACGUGGCGAGUUUCAGCGACGGCAGGCAGUAA